AUGUCUCGUAAUUUAUAUAUUUCACCUUUUAUCUGUUGCUUUUUCUUGGUCUCCAGCGUUUCUUUCUUAUCUCCAGGGAUUCUUUCAGAGCUCUAUACUUUUACUUGGUCUUUCGUGUUGUUUUUUUCUUUCUUUCUUUCCAACAUUCUCUCUAUCCUUCUUUGUCGUCAUCGUCUCUCUCGUUACACUUUAGGCUUUCAAUUAUUUAUUCUUUCUUUUAUAUCUCCAUCAUUUUCCAUUCUCUCUCCUGUUUUUUUCUUCUUUCCAGGAUUCCAUUGUUAUCCCAGAGCUCUUGUGUUGCAUUCGAUUCUUCCCACAAUUCUCUCUCUCUCUCUCUCUCUCUCUCUCUCUCUCUCUUUCAUUUUCUCUCUCCCGUACAUUUUUAAGUCUUUCUUCAUUCUAGUGAUCUUUCUCUUUUUCUUAUUAUUAUGUUAUUUUCUUUUCCAACUUCAUUCUUUUUUUCCUUACCUUCCUCUUUCCGUUCUUUCUUUCAUUCCUAUCUUCCUUUCAUCAUUUCUUUCUUUCUUUCUUUCUUUCUUUCUUUCUUUCUUUCUUUCUUCCUUUUCUUUGACCUUCGUUCCUUUCUUUCUUUCUUUUUUCCUUCCUUUCUUUUCUUCUUUCUUUUCUUUGUCCUUCCUUUCUUCAUUUCUUUCUUUCUUUCUUUCUUUCUUUCUUUUCUUCUUUUCUUUCUUCAAUUCUUUGUUUCUUCUUUCCUGUAUUCCUUUCUUUCUUUUUCUUUCCUUUCUUUUCUACUUUCUUUUCUUUGUCCUUGCUUUCUUUCUUUCUUUCUUUCUUUCUUUCUUUCUUCCUCUCUUCCUUCCUUUCUUUUUUCCUUCCUUUCUUUUCUCCUUUCUUUUCUUUGUCCUUGCUUUCUUUCUUUCGUUCUUUCUUUCUUUCUUUCUUUCUUCCUCUCUUCCUUCUUUUCUUUUUCCUUCCUUUCUUUUUUCCUUUCUUUUCUUUGUCCUUUCUUUCUUUCCUUCUUUCUUUCUUUCUUUCUUCCUUUGUUCCUUUCUUUCUUUCUUUCUUUCUUACUUCUUUCCUUCUUUCUUCGUUCUUUUCUUUCUUCCUUCCUUUCUUUCUUCUUUACUUUCUUUCUUUCUUCCUUUUUUCUUUUCUUCUUCUUCUUCUUCUUCUUCUUCUUCUUCUUCUUCUUCUUCUUCUUCUUCUUUUUCUUCUUCUUCUUCUUCUUCGUCUUCUUCUUCCCUUUUCUCUUCUUGUUCUUUUUUCUUCCACUUCUUUUCUUCCUCUUUUCUUUUUCUUCUUUUUCUUGUUUUUUUUCUUCUUUUACUUCAUCUUUUUCUUCUUACUUCUUCUUUUUCUUCUUUUCUUCUUCUUUGUCUUCUCCUUCUUUUUCUUCUUCUUCUUCUUCUUCUUCUUUCUUCAUCAUCUUUUUCCUUCUUCUUUGUCUUCUUCUUCUUCUUCUUCUUCUUCUUCUUUCUUCAUCAUCUUCGUUUUCCUUCUUCUUUGUCUUCUCCUUCUUCUUCUUCUUCUUCUUCUUCUUUCUUUCUUUUCAUCUUCUUUUUUAUUCUUUUUUUUUCUUCUUCUUCUUCUUCUUUUUCUUCUUCUUUCUUCAUCAUCUUCUUUUUCCUUCUUCUUUGUCUUCUUCUUCUUCUUCUUCUUCUUCUUCUUUCUUCAUCAUCUUCUUUUUCCUUCUUCUUUUUCUUCUUUUUCCUUCUUCUUUAUCUUCUUUUUUCUUCUACUUCUUAUUCCUAUUAUCAUUAUUAUUAUUUCUGA